UUAGGUAAGUGGCCAACAGAGCCGAUUUAUUUAUUUAUUUAUUUUUUCUCCCAAUUUGGUGUUCCAAUGAAAGAAAAGGCUGAACCGUGACGCCACACGCCAGUUUUGACUCGGCAGUUUCGCCACGGAUGCCAACACACACCGAACAGGCGUCUUGUCAGUGCAGCAAAUAACUCAGAUGGUCCGACAUUCGUUGAGGAUAUUACAUCCGGUGUGGACCCUUCUCUUGAGAGGACACUGUAAUAAAAGAAAUUCAUAAUCCAUCUGGUGCCAGUGAUAUGUUGAAGCGACAGCAGUGUGGAGCUGCAUUUUGCCACAUACAGUCGUGGAUCAUCACAGAUACGCCCACCGCUGACGCAGCUCCAUCGUGUCACCACUUGAGACGGGAAGGUCUCGCAGGACCACAAACAACAUGAAGUUUUUUGUGUUGCUGCUUUUUUUGGGUUUCUCAUCAGCAGCAAAACACUCUCUCAAAUACUUCCUCACCGCAACGUCGGGAAUGAAAAACUUCCCAGAGUUUGUGGGCGUGGCCACGGUGGAUGACGUCCAGGUGGGCUACUGUGACAGCAACAUCCAGACUGCGGAGCCCAAACAGGACUGGAUAAAGAAACUGGUCCAGGCUGAGCCGUAUCACCUGCACUGGUACAAGUUAAAGUGCUCCGGCAACCAGCAGGUCUUCAGAGCCAAACUGGAGGAUUUUAGUCGACGCUUAAACCAAUCUGGAGGCAGUCACAUCUUGCAGAGAAUGAACGGCUGUGAAAUAGACGACGAGACCGGAGAAGUGACGGGCUUCAAUCAGUACGGUUACGACGGCGAAGACUUCAUUGCGUUAAACCUGCAGACUUUGACCUGGACUGCCCCGAAACCGCAAGCUUUCUCCACCAAACUCCUUUGGGACACAGAGACGGCCCGACUUGAAUACAACAGGAACUACUACAUUUAUAGGUGCCCCGAGUGGCUGAAGAAAUACCUCCACUAUGGGAAGAGUGUCCUAGAGAGAAAAGAACUUCCCUUGGUGUCUCUCCUCCAGAAGACUCCCACAUCCCCAGUCUGCUGCCAUGCCACCGGUUUCUAUCCCGACCUGGCCAUGCUGUUCUGGAGGAGAGACGGCGAAGAGGUCCACAAGCAUGUGGAACAUGGUGAGAUCCUCCCCAACCACGACGGAACUUUCCAGAUGAGCGUCAACAUUAACAUGUUGUCCGUCCCGGACGCUGAGUGGGGGGAGUACGAGUGCGUGUUUACAUUAGAUGGCGUCAAGGACCAGAUGGUCAUCAAACUGAACAAAACUGAGAUCCAAACCAACUGGGUUCCUCCACCAAAGUUUCCCAUUGGUCCCGUGGCUGGAGGUGUGGUGGUGCUGUUGCUCCUUCUGGCAGCCGCCAUGGCUGGACUUUACCUUUGGAGAAGAAAAUAUAGCGGAUUCCAGCUCUCUACCAUGUGUCCUAGGCCUGUCCCAAGGCCUCUUCCCGGUUGAACAUGCCCGAAACACCCCACCAGGGAGACGUCCAGGAGGCAUACGUAGUAGAUGCCCGAUCCAUCUCAGCUGGCUCCUCUAGACGUGAAGGAGCAGUAGCUCUACUCUUAGUCUCUCCCGGAUGACCGAGCUCCUCACCCUAUCUUUGAGGGUGAUCCCAGACAUCCUACGGAGACUACUCAUUUCUGCCGCUUAUAACUGUGACCUUGUCCUUUCGAUCAUUAGGAACAGUAGACUGACCGAUAAUUGAGAGCUUUGCCUUCAGGCUCAGCUCCUUCUUCACCACAACAGACCGGUACAGUGACCGCAUCACUACCGACACAGCACCAAUCCGUCUGUCAAUGUAUCAAUGGCCCGUAGUAACAGACCCUGGACCCCGUACCCUUGUGGCAACCCCUAGCCACGACAGUCCCACAACAUCCAAAGCCUUGAGAUAUUCGGGAUUCGGAUGGCAAUAUUUGUUUCUUCAGUUUACUACCUUUCACUACUAUGGGUUGCUUCUUUAACUUAGUCCCUUUUCUUACGCUAUGUAGCCAAUAUGGCGACUCGUGAUGUGGUAAGAGCCCAUGACGACACACUUAUCAUUUUGGUUGUCUUGAGUGCGACGUGUAUUGACAGUGCAAAGCAUUUUUCUUAUUUCUUAUCCUUCAAUGGAGACACAGUCUGGGCUGUGUUUCAAAUCGCACUCUUCCGAUGUCAGCAAAAGAAAAAAACAAGUAUCGGCUGACAUUGACCACUACGUAACAACUCCGAUAAAAGCUCUAAUACAUACUUGCCAACCCUCCCGGAUUUUCCAGGAGACUCCUGAAAUUCAGCGCCUCUCCCAAAAUUCAGCAGUAGCUGGAAGCCACGCCCCCUCCAGCUCCAUGCGGACAUGAGUGGGGACAGCCUGUUUUCACGUCUGCUUUCCUGUUAUAUAAACAGCUUGCCUGCCCAAUCACGUUACAACAUCUACGGAUUUUAAUAAAAAACUGCACACACAAGGAGACGAAGCAGAAGAACGAAGAAAUUACAGCCAUGGCGACGCCGUCUGUAUUAGAGUGAUCUAUGUUGUCUGUUGCCAUCUCCUGGUGAAAUCUUGGCUAUAGCGUUAUGUUGUUGCUUUUUUAUUGGCCAACAAUUUACGUGGUGUUGCGCACCUGACAGCAAGUGAGGGAGUCUGUUCUGAUUCCUGAAGCCCACAGCAAAGAGACGUAACUUCACCACCUCGCCUGGUUAUUUACUCCAACCCAAUAUAUUACACCGUCGACGAGCAAAAUGAAGAAAUAUGCUUGCAAGUUCGCAAAAUGGAGACCCGAUGGUGUAACUUAUGCUGAGACAAAGAUGGCUAUGCUGAUAGCUGGAAGCAACAUUCCGUUCUCCUUUGCGGAUGUCUAUAACAAAUCCGUAAAGGAUUUGUUCUCGGAUUCGGAGAUCGCUCGCCAGUAUACGCAAAUGGCAGAACAAAGGUUACUCAAAUAGUGAAAGUUAAUGGGGAACAUUAUCACCAAACCUAUGUAAGCGUCAAUAUAUACCUUGAUGUCGCAGAAAAAGACCAUGUAUUUUUUUAACCGAUUUACGAACUCUAAAUGGGUGAAUUUUGGCAAAUUAAACGCCUUUCUGUUUAUUUUCACAUUACCAGCUCUGUUAUUUUCCGUUUUUUCGACUAUUUUUUGGAACCUUGGAGACAUCAUGCCUCGUCGGUGUGUUGUCGGAGGGUGUAACAACACUAACAGGGAGGGAUUCAAGUUGCACCACUGGCAAGAAAUCUGCCGCCAGACCCCCAUUGAAUGUACCAAAGUGUCUUCACAUUUGACCGGCGAUGCUAAGACAGACAUGGCACAGAGAUGUAUGGAUAACCUGCAAAUGCAACGAUUAAGUCAACGAAAUCACAAAUGUGAGUUUUGUUGAUGUUGUUGACUUAUGUGCUAAUCAGACAUAUUUGGUCACGGCAUGUCUGCCAGCUAAUCGAUGCUAACAUGCUAUGCUAAUCGAUGCUAACAUGCUAUUUACGCUAGCUGUAUGUACAUUUGAAACUAGAUACCCACAUUUAAUGCGAAACAAACACUUACCAAUCGACGGAUUUAAGUUGCUCCAGUGUCACAAGAUGCGAAAGUCCUGAUCGUUUGGUCUGCACAUUUUACCGGCGAUGCUAAUAAGGCAGCCAUGCUAUGGGCCACUUCAUUAGGUACACCCACGCUAUGGCCGAAUAGCGUCGAUAGCUAUUCGCUGAAUAGCUUCAAUUUCUUCUUCAAUUUCGUUUUCGCUAUCUGCCUCCAUACUCCGACCAUCUGGUUCAAUACAUGCAUAAUCUGUUGAAUCGCUUAAGCCGCUGAAAUCCGAGUCUAAAUCCGAGCUAAUGUCGCUAUAUCUUGAUGUGGUAACCGCUAUGUUUGUUUGUAUUGGCAGCCCUGUAUGACGUCACAGGGAAAUGGAUAGUGGUUUCGAAGAUAGCGAAAAUAAGGCACUUUGAAGCUUUAUUUAGGGAUAUUCCGGGACCGGUAAAAUUUUGAAAAAAAAAUACAACAAGCCACUGGGAACUGAUUUUUAUUGUUUUUAACCCUUUUGAAAUUGUGAUAAUGUUCCCCUUUAAGUGUUGUUGUUGUUUUUUUUAGUAACCUGCAAGCACAGUACCGUUAGUAAAACAACUGUGUUUUUAUUACUGUGUAUUUGAUAGGUGCCGUCUGAAAUUCAACUAUUUCUUUUAUUUAUAUAUAUAAUAAAAUAAAUAUAUAACGCUAGAAUUCACUGAAAGUCGAGCACUUCAUACAUACAUAUAUAUUUAUAUAUAUGAAAUACUCGAGUUGGUGAAUUGGCUAUAAAUAUACUCCUCCCCUCUUAACCACGCCCCUCCACCUCCCACCUCCCGAAAUCGGAGGUCUCAAGGUUGGCAAGUAUGCUGUAAUACAACCGGUCCGGCAGUAUGUUGACUUUUGCAAAGCUGGACAGCCAGUUAACAUCACAAUGUCCUCCAAUACGCACACAAGGUGGGUAUUUUCGUAUAUUUUUGUCGAGUUAUUUAGAAAAGGUAAACAUGAUACGAUGUAGUCUACUUGGAGCGAACAGCUACGCAACAGCUAAGCACAUGACAUCCAGGUACUGACAGUCCACUGCAUUUGGCUGUACUCAGUGUGAACACACUUAUGCACUCAGAAGGAAAGUAAGUACAGAAGUGCUUGAAUUGAGACACACAAAUGGUUGUUUGUC